AUGCCCUACUAUGUUUUCUGUUGUAUUAUUAUUUUUUGUUUGCGUUCUCUUUUGUUCGUUCACCUCGGAGGUCUAGAGGUACGACCGCGUCCUGUGAACGUCGAUCAGCGGGUAUAUCGGGCAUUAGAAGGAGGAUACGGCCGCGUUACAAGGAAGAACGUCCUCCACGGUACAUGGCAAGCUGGGCUUGUCUGGGGAGCGAGAGACGUUAUAGGGAGUCGAAAACAGCCAUCACGAUGGCCUCGGGAAACGCUGCAGUAGCGUAGAAAGGGCGAGACGACGCAGACAAAGAGGGAGGAGUGACGGGUCGAGCGCAUGAAGCGCUGGGUACGUAGAAAACGUACAAACGGCACACGCAAGUCUGUACCCGCCGCCACGCGAAGAGGCAAACAAGGAAAAGGGGGACACGACCGUCCCGUACGAGAUGUCGAAGAAGGAGAGCGACGUUAACCGUCGACAAGACCCCCAAGCCAGAGCAGGAAAAAAAGGGGGCUUAGGCGAUUUCAUCUGAGAACCUCCCUCGCCAGAAUGCAAGAGCCGCCGCAGUCGUACCAGGAAAACGAAAAUUUACUGUAGUCUCAGGCUGAGGUCGGAUACCUCCUGAGACACGAUCACGCGCACGAGACAGGGCGCUUGGAUCAGAGAUCCGUCCUCGUGAUGCGAAAAUUAAUCAAGAAAAUACUUGGAGGUCGUCAGAAAAACGCUGGACGAGCGGUAACAGCCGAAAAUGGACCAAGGGGGUAACCUUCGAAAAUUUAUUGACAAAGCUAGGGGAAACCGUACUUGUUGGUCGCAAGAAAACAGAGGAGCGCUGGCCACAGCCCCAUGACACAAGUACACCAGGUCACCCGAUCACACCGUCGUGAGCCAUCGUGCAAGACACAAUGCCGCCGUCGGCAUGGCCAUGUACAAUGAGUUCCGUACGUACGCCAAGGACAACCGAACCCCUGCCUAACACCCCGGAUUCCUGUUCUCGCGAUUCGUCUCAUCGUUCGAGGCAGCUGAGAGAAAAAAAAGAAAAACGGAGAAGAGAAAACAGAGAAAUGGUAAUCCUCACGUCAAGGAGGACCGAUUUGCGACGUCUCAUUGAGGGGGCAAUCGGGAGUCUCGCGCCAUCUUCCAACAAGAACGAUCCGGAGCGCCAAGGAGAGGAGAGCAACUCCGGAGUAGAGAGAUCGUCGAUCGAGGAGCUCCUUAUCAAUGACCGAGCCGUGGCUCGACGCGACUGACGACGUCACGCUCACCUUCUCGUUGUUACCCCAAGCGAACUACCGAAAUGACAUCUUUCCUUUAUUCCCUCUACUGUCUGGCACAUUGACCCUCUUGCUGCUUUGCUAUGUUUUUUAUUUUGCCCCAAGUUCCGGUGCAUUUUUAUUUUUAUCUCACUCCUUGUUGUGAGCCUAACACAACCCUACGCUGCGACAUCGACAUUAAGGACGACCGACAGGAUGUCGAUCAUGACGAUACACCCCCCCCGUUGGGAGGGAGAUAAGUCGGGAGAUCAAGACCGCUACGCACGACGGGCGGAGUUGAACAAAUAAUUGGAGACACGCGGAAGAAGGGAUGGACGUCCAUCGCACGAAAGGAAGAGAAGUGCGCAUUCGCCGAGUGUGUGACAUCGCUAUUGGAAGAUGUACAGUAAGAGGCGGUCGAGGACUAAGGAAAUCCGGAACGCAUUCGUAAGCAGCGUGUGUUAUCACGUCAUGGAGGACGCCAGGCGUAGAAAUGAGGAUCGGAAAACGGGACGAAUACCGUUAACUGAAUGAACGCCGAGCCAACAACCCUACACCGCAGCGGUAAUGCAGUGCCGCGGAUAUGGGACAACGCACGAUGAUGCAGAAAACAUAUCACGAAAGAUCUUUUCGAUCACAGAGGGUUGGUCGCGACGUUCGAAAGAAGCCGAGCUGUGUGCGACGAAAGCUCAGUGAAGGGACAGCUAGCAUCAGUCCCGAACCUUCCUUCGAAAAACUGAAGAACUCUGAUGACAUCACUCCGAUGAGAACAGAUCGUCACACACCCACACGACCACAGAUGUUCCGAAUCUACGAGGCGACAUGAGGAUUCGCACCCAAAGUACAAAGGAGAUGAGACACAGGAUCGAGGCUAUCGCAGGAGAUACUGAACAAGGCGGGUUCAUUGGACAGAGGGAACUCCUAAUCACGAAUUUAUAUAUUCCUCGACGAGAUAACUGGGCGAGUAAGGAAACCGCCUGACGGGAAUGAAAGAGGGGAGCCUUAUUAGAGGCAACAGGAGCCACAGACUCCAGCCACAAAGAUAAACGCGUACUCUCAAGGGCGUGUACCUUGCGGAGACGCAGGAAAAAUAUAAAGAGGAGGGACUGCGAGUUGAGCUUUUUUUCGGGUCGGCACGUCAACCAGCACAUCUCAUUUCACAACUU